UUUUUUGAGGUCAUUUUAACAUUAACUGUUACAGAGUGAAGCGCUACUAGGUUAAGCCAAUCCUGAUGCUUUAGGGACACCAUCCUGCAUGUUUUAUGUGUAUGUGUGGCCCAACAUGUUAUUUUAAUGAUUAGAUGAUUAAAGGGUUUUACAAAACUUGAUAAAAUAGUGAGCAGGUAGAUCUACCACUGUAUCAACUGGGUGUUGAACAGGGAAACGUGACAUGCAGGAUAGCAGUCUGUAAGAACAGGGACUGAAUCAAACUAGUUUAAAUGUGUGUGAGUUUGUUGUGUAGACUGGCAAAAGGUUUGCAAGGACUUUAACAUGGUUUGUGGGGACACUGUGCUUCUGUUAUAUACACCAGGUCAGUAUAAUGUUAGUUUUUAAUCACUUCAUUGUUUGCUGAAUAUGAACCUGCAAGGGUUUAUACUCUAUUAUAUCUUGACCCCUGAUGACCUUCUAAAUAUGACAGGCUAUCAUGUUCCGUGCUGACAAUAUUUAAAGAUCAUUAUUGUGCCGCAAUUUACUGAGUACAGACUGUUUUGACAUGUCUAGUUUAAUAAGUGAUUUCUCUAUUACCAUUUGGAUGAUAACUUCUGGAAAACUGUCUGUUAUUAUUAACUGUUCACAUGAACUACUGCUGCUAACCAGUGGGAACUGCUUCGUAUAUUAGACAAAUAAAGUGGAAAAACUUGUCCAGAUGAUAUUUUGGUUCAAAUUUAUGACUGAUUAGAAAGAUGACGUGUCAUUUCCAGAAGUUUCUGACAGCUUGGUGUUAGUUGGUGCUAAAAGAUUACACCGUUUGCUGCAUUGACGUGGACUUUUAUUAUCGCUUAGAUUAAAAAGCAAAUCUAAACGUAACUUGCAAAAUUUUGGAAAUUUUAUGCAAAUGCAAAAAUAUGAUCCAUUUAAAACUUGGUCAUAUAUUAGUUUCUCCAGUCCUUUUCUGCCUCUGCUUCAGCCAUUUGCUCCAUCACUCUUCCAGUCUGUUGUUCCUGCACCAGUCGCCACAGCUAAAGAGCUGUCCACAUUUUUUUGGCUGGUUUUCAGAGAUGUCUGCCGAGUCAAGAUGGCAAGGUUGGUCAUUUUGGUGGCUAUGUUCAUGUUAUUUGGAUCCUCUCUUGGGUGCCUGUUUGGAAGGUGGAUAAUUCAGAAAAUUCAAGACCUCAGACAUCCUCCAAUCCCGCUAAAUAUGGCUCCAGACUCUGUUGAUGACAUGUACGACAAAUGUGAAGAGAAGAUGAAGGACAAAAUAGAGAAAGAUGUUUUACAAAAUGAGAAAAACAAAGAUACAAACUUCACAGGGGCCUGGAAUAAAGCAGAGGAAUACUACAAGAGAGAAUGGGAGAAAAAUAACCCACCACUGAUGAAAGAACAAAUCAUGGCUGCUCAUGCGUACACCCUUGAAGAACCACCUUUAUACAGUGAAUUCAACAAAGCAGUCCGAACACAAAAGUCUGUGUACAAAACCAAAUUCCCGUAUCACACUCUGCACUUCUACCUCACCAUGUUCCUGCGCACCAUCAAACCCAAAGCAGAAAAUUGUGUCACUGUUUUCCGGAGAACAAAAUGUGAAUUCAGCAAAAAUGUUCUCAACAAACAGAUUCGUCUUGGCGCUUUUUCCUCCAGUUCGAUGGGUGACUAUCCUGAUGAAGAGUUUGGUACCCAGUCAUGCUUUGAAAUCACCACAUGUUUUGGAGCAAACAUCUCAGAAUACUCUGCGUUUCCAAAAGAAAAUGAAGUCCUGGUCCCUCCUUACGAGGUUUUUAAAGUAACAGAAAUAAAGAAAAGCUCUGAGCACAACAAACUUCCUUGUAAGGUUGUCUACAAACUUCAGAGCACAAAAACAAGUUCCAAUUUAAACUGUGCUUUUUUCAACAAGAAAUAAAAAUUCUGCUCUUUGAGACAGUGACCAUCUACAAAGAUUUAAUUGAAACAUUCUAGAAAUAAAAAUAACUCUGCCGAUGUCGACAUAAUUUGAUAUUUUCUUCCAAGAAAAUGAGCCUAAUCAGUUUCACACAGUGAAGUAAUUAGAUAUUAUGAUAACAAAUAUACAACAGUGAGUGUGAAUACCUACGUAAGAUUCUGAAUGUGUUUAAAUUGUUAAGCUGAAUUUCAAUAAGGACAGAUAAUAUUGGUUUGCUCUACAACCAUUAACUUUCUUCUCUGCUUUUUUUGUUUUUCAAUAAAAAGUAAGACCAAAUCAGUGCUACUAUGCCUUUUUUAUGACUCAGCUUGUUACAGCAAAUGGCCUCCUAAACUGAGCUUUGUGAUGUCUGUAUGCAAUUUCAACAGUGCAACAAAAUCAAUAAAAACAUAAUGUCAAAUGAUUCAUUAAUAACCUCUUGGGAA